AUGAAAACACAACACUACGAAUCAGUCCAACAUGAAGAACCUCCAAGUUUGUCAGUUGACUCGUCCAGCACCAGAAGAGACGUACCCGCUCCCAUUUCUCCCGACUUGAAAUGGCGGCCAUCUUAUCUUCGGCGCCGAGUCAUGGGCGGCUUUUGCUUUACCUUUGCUAUGGUAGUCUUGGCACUAGAACUAUUGCUUGUCGCAUCUCACAAAGAUAAUGGCAUUGCGACGGGACACUAUAGUCAACACUACGCCUGGACUUAUGGCCCAACUGCUUUCUUUACAAUCAUAGCCGCCGCAUUCAGUCGAGUCGAAUAUCAGAGCAAAUUGAUGGCACCAUGGAUUCGAAUGGCAAAGCAGCCUACUCAAGUCGACAGGUCACUUCUUCUCGACUACAUUUCCCAGCUUCAACUUUGGACCAUAUAUACGUCUCUCGCUAACAGAGACUUUGUUGUUGCAGCAAGCACUAUUGUCUCCCUCUUGAUCAAACUUCUGAUCGUUCUCUCCACUGGCUUGAUCACUCUUUCAGCCAUGCAAAUCAAAACAGACUCUCUUCCAGUGGUUGUUCAAAGCCAGUUCUUGGACAACAAUACGCAGCUGCUGGACACAAAUUCUCUUCCAUACUACGUUAUGGAAUACUCGCUAGCAGGGAAUCUGACAUAUCCUUCUGGGAUGUCCAAAGAAUUUGCUUUCCAGUCAGUCAAGUCUGAUGCAGGCCAGAUCCAGAUCACGGUAGAGGGAUUGACAAAUUCCCUUACUUGUGAACCCGCCAACCUGACAGUGGAAAACGCCGGUUUCUUCAUGGUUGGGAGAGACUGGGGUAGAACCACAUUGAAUAUUACAAUCAGAUCCCCCAGCUGUGUUAUGAACGUCGAAUUCCAGGGACCGUCACCGCCUAUGGCAAACGGUACCGGGCCCCCAAGGUUUUUUGGUCGUUUUCUGCACGGACAAUGUGACGGAACAUCUGAUGAUAGCGGAAAACGUGUGGUGGUAUUACUUGGUCAUAUGACUGACAUGGACUUGGACAGCUCUACCCAAGUACUGUGCUCACCUUCGUACAAAAUCAUCCACGUCGACCUUGUCCAAAAUGCUAGCCAUAUCGAAAGCGUUACCCCUUCUUCAGGCGAUUGGAGUCGUACACUUAGCCACGUCAGUGCCUGGAGCAUUAUGCAAGGACAUCUCAACGCAUAUCAGAACCAGAUCGUCUUUGGAGAAUCCGACCCAUAUGUGGAAGUAGGACAAUUGCAAAUCAGCGUGGACACAUAUACGGAAUCCAUCUAUCGUAGUCAGCUCGACCCCAGCGUCACUGUGUCACUCUUGAGCGACACCAAUAUGCUCGAGAAAAUUGCUUCGGAUUACUAUCAGCAAUUUGGUGCCAUUAUUGCACGAACGUCCCUGAUGGAGACUACGCCUAUGGAUGCCUUCGCCAAAGGCAUUAUCAACGAAAACCGUCUUGUUGUACAAGAUUGGGCCGUUCAUUGGAUGGCAGGGUUGGCUGCGACGUCUUUCGUCCUUGUAUUUGUCAUUAUGCUCACAAUACCGGGUCAUGGAGUCUUGCCUUGCAACCCUAGCACUUUCCCUGGAAUGGCAGCCAUUAUGUCUCAUAGCGAUCACCUUUCCACUACGCUACAGGGCCACGGGGACGCUGACAAAAAGGCCUUGCAUCGCGCAUUACAAAGGAUGAACUUCCAAUCAGAGGCGACCAAAACGACUGAAACGGAUCGUCCUCAAUUUGCAAUCUUGGACACUUCGACACCUACCACAGACGAUAAUUCGAAAGUUCAGCAAAGUAUAUCCGUACAUCCUUAUCCGUGGGCUCUCCAUCAUGCAUCACGCCUCGCUUUGUGUCUGACUCUAGUCGCAAUCAUUAUUGCUUUAGAAUUAGUACUGAAAAAGUCCAACCAUGGACGUGGCCUUGGAGAUGUGAGCGAUGAGAUAUAUAUGCACUACCUGUGGACUCUAUUGCCUGGCUUGUUAUUCGGGACUAUAUCCAUGGUUUUCUCUUCCAUCGACUCGACGGUCAGAGCUGUGGUCCCUUAUACCAUGCUCAGAAAUUUGGUGAGAACCGAUGUCUUCAUGGUGCUCGACUUCCUCGACAUGUCAGUACCCCAUGCGAUUUACCACGAAAGCAGGCUGCGGCAUCUCGGAGCCCUGGCUACGACUGCGACAGUUCUUGUCGCAUCGUUCUUCACCAUAAUUUCGGCGUCGCUCUAUCAGGCAAUUUCGAUCCAAUCGGAAUCUCCUACGACACUGCGAGCGACAGACUCCUUUCCACACAUGCUUGUAGAAUCGCAAUGGGAUAAGACCAACGACACCAGUUUCAAGAAUGGUGUUCAGACAGCGUCUAUGAUUCUGGUGGGCAACCAAUCGUAUCCAAAAUUUACCUACGAGGGUCUGGCAUUCCCGCACUACGUACCAGAAACGCAGACGGCGGGUAGCGAGGUGUCGAACUUAUCGACUCUACUUUUCAACGCGGUCGUUCCAGCAAUACAACAGAGCCUGGUUUGUCGUCAGUACGACUCAGCUCAGAUGAACUCCACAAGGCAAUUGAUUAACUCAGUCGACUACUUUUCCAUUAACAUCACUGACGAGAUAUGCGACUUGAAUUUUUUUGAACCAGACAGAGGUUUCGUGAAUAUACUAUCAAAUAUGUCCUAUUUUGGUGUAGGAUCUCCAAGCUAUCCAAUGGGGAGUUGUAGCGACUUCGUCUUCAUCUGGGGAUAUUUAUCGCAGUCCCACCCCCAAAACCCACAACUUUUACAUACAUCAGGCUUGGGAUGCAACAAAUCCUACGAGGUUGUAGAUGUCAACACUUCCUUUGUCAGCACUGAUCUGAUCAUUGACACGCAACGACCACCUACGCCUCUCAAGGAGACUAGGAGGAAUUCAUCGGCUUCCUUUGGAUGGUCCACCUUCGUCGGAACUUAUGGACACCUCCUCCACAUGAUCUCAAGCACAAAUGACUCGCUUGACCCCUUCUUCUCACUUCUCACAACCUCUCAAUGGGCCAUACCCGUGUCCAUGCUAGGGGAUCCGACCAAGAAUGACAUUGUCGCAGAGGCUAUUCGAUUUCAGGACGGUAUAAUCUGGACACAGAUGCUCAAUGCCAAUCGAAAUCCUGCCGAUAUGACAAAUGCGACACUCACAGACCCACCACCAAAUGUUCAAGAUGGCAACGAUGCACGCUCAUAUGCAGCUACUCUGACUGACUCUAACGUGCGUGUCGUACAGGACACCACAUCAACGCGCAUCCUCGAGGCGCUGCUGCUCGUGGCUCUCUCCUUGCAGAUUCUGAGCUGGGUGUUUAUUCCAAAGGCCAAUGUGCUGCCGAACCGCAGCCCGACGACAAUCGCCAACAUGGUGGCGCUGCUGGCGGGCGGCAACGUGUUAGAGUUACUGCCAGCAGAUUGCCAGUCAAUGAGCACCGAUGAAAUCAAAAAGUCGCUGAGCAGAAGAAAAUUCUGGAUGGGGUGGGGGAACAUGCCCGAUGUCGAAGGACUGAUGAGCGGGAACGAGAACGAGAAUGGAGUCAGUCGUUUUGGCAUAUUCGCUGUGGACCCAGACGAGAAGUUGCCCAAAGAGAGCCGUGGUAGAAAAUGGUUCCGGCUCUGA